CCCACCCCCGCCCCCUCGUGUGACCGGCCGAGCCGGCCUUCUCUGAGUCUCUAGUAGUUUCCAGGGCGCUGACGCAUGCUUGCGCACACAACCCAGCCUGGCGCGUUGUACGCAGCGGCCGCGAGCCGGGCAGCGGGUGCUAGGCGGUUCCCCCGCGGGGGGCAGGGGCGGGACUCCGGGCAGAGGAGCCUGGAGGAGGGCCGUCUGACGGCUGAGUUGCCAUGGCAUCCUACUACGAGAUUCUAGACGUACCGCGGAGUGCGUCCCCUGAUGACAUCAAGAAGGCGUACCGAAAGAAGGCUCUGCAGUGGCACCCAGACAAGAACCCGGAUAAUAAAGAGUUUGCUGAAAAAAAAUUUAAGGAGGUGGCAGAGGCCUAUGAAGUACUAUCUGACAAGCACAAACGGGAGAUCUAUGACCGCUAUGGCCGGGAAGGGCUGACGGGGGCAGGAAGUGGUCCUUCUCGAUCGGAAACCGGUGGUAUGGGGCCUGGCUUCACAUUUACCUUCCGUAGCCCCGAGGAAGUCUUCCGGGAGUUCUUCGGGAAUGGAGACCCUUUUUCGGAGCUCUUUGAUGACUUGGGUGUCUUCUCGGAUCUUCAGAACCAGGGUCCCCGACUCACGGGCCCUUUCUUCACUUUCUCUUCCUCCAUUCCUGGAAACUCUGAUUUCUCCUCCUCAUCGUUCUCCUUCAGCCCUGGGGCUGGUGCUUUCCGCUCUGUUUCUACGUCCACCACCUUUGUCCAAGGCCGUCGCAUCACCACACGCAGAAUCAUGGAGAACGGGCAGGAGAGGGUAGAAGUGGAAGAGGAUGGACAACUGAAGUCAGUGUCAAUCAACGGUGUCCCAGAUGACCUGGCACUAGGCUUGGAGCUGAGCCGUCGUGAGCAGCAACCUUCAGUUGCCCCCGGGUUGGGGGUCAUGCAGGUCCGGCCGACCUCGCUCUCUCGUCCCCCUGACCACGACAUUUCUGAGGAUGAGGACCUGCAGCUUGCCAUGGCUUACAGCCUGUCAGAGAUGGAAGCAGCUGGGCAGAAGCCAGCAGGUGGGCGGGGGGCACAGCAACGACAGCAUGGGCAGCCCAAGGCCCAGCACCGAGACCUUGAUAUGGGGGGCACACAUAAGGGGGUGAGGGGCGAGGCAGCCAAACUCAGCCCCUCAGAGGAGAAGGCUUCUCGCUGCCUCAUUCUCUGAGAACCAGGCCAAACCUGGACUGAUUCAGGUCCCGACUCAAGAGUCCAGCUCACUGUCAGGAGUACAGAAUAGUGUGGCCCGAGCCGCAGGAUUCCAAACUCUGCCCCUCCACACGUUUCCCUUCCAGGCCCACCAUCCUGGAGCAUGGACAGGGGUUUGUUGUACUCUAUCCAGGGCUGAUAGGUCCCUGGGUAAAGCCCAGGAUUGGGGGUGGGGGGGUCAUCAGUGCCUGUGGAGCUCAGAGGCACUGGUGGGAUCAGACACUGCUGAAGGGCAUUCGUGGGUUUGGGGUAGGCCUUUUGUGCCCAAGUCUUUUUCUGCCAUUUAUGUUGCUGACGCUGUCAGGGAAGGAGGACUUGGCCUGUCAUGCUCUGAGCUCCAGUUGGCAACUUCCCCCAGGGGACAGCGCAGGCCGAGCAAGCGGAGCCUCUGCUGUCCUUGGCCAGCUGCAGCCCUCCUGGUUUCUGUGUAGAACUGAGCUCUCGUUCACCAUCACGUUUCCCACCCCCCACCCCCUCUGGUGCUGCCUUCCUCCUACUCCUCUCUCUGCAAUGCCUGCCCUUCAGCCGCAACGCUUGCUUUCAUUGCUGCUUGGCUAGGUCUCCCUUCUCCUUUUCUUUGAAGCCCAGGAAGAUGCUGGGGCCAGUGGGUCCAUAAGAUCUUCUGGGGAGGCUAGCUAGGUAGGGUGGAAGCCUCUCAGCCCUCCAGAGCCUCAACCAGAGUCAACUCCUCUUCCCUUCUUCUUGCUGCCUCAGCCUGCCCUGGCCAUAGGACUAGGCAGAGGUGAGGCUGGCUAUCCUUGGAGAGGUGGGAUAGGGCCAGGGUGACCCAGAGGGAGGCCUAGGUGGGGGCUGCCUUUGUACUACCUGCCCGGUCACAGUCACACAACAGAGCUCAGGGGUCGGCCACAGGGCUGGCCUAGAAGUGCAUGCUUGGCUCCAUCCUCCAUCUGCUUGCAGCUGACCCUCUCUCCUAUCACCCACCCCUGCUCUCUCCCCAGAUGUGUUCUGAGCUGGAUAUCCUGGAUACAGAAUUGCUGCAGUUCCAACAGGACAGCGCCCUCCCCAAUGUGCUAGGAGGGAACACUACAUUCCUCUCCCUCAUUUAUGCUGAGUGUAGAGCUGGGGGCUGGGGUGGUGGGUGGGGACUGAGUGGGAGGCACCUGUAGUCUUAGCCUCUGAACGCUCUUCCCUGGGUGCUUAGCGCUGUCUUUUACGGACUACAAGUCCCAGAGUGCAAUGUACCCUGGCCUCAGUUCUUACAACUCUUAUCCCAGGGGAAGAGCUGAGCUUCUUGGGAUAUGUAGUUCCAACCCUGGCCAGUCUGCCUCUCUCUGAAUGGGGAGAUCUUGUCAUUUAUCCCUGGCAGACAGGGGUGGUGAGAAUUGUAGAUGACCAGAACCUAAGUUCCUAUGGCACUUCUUGCUAGACCCAGGUUGGAGUGAGUAGAUUCCUGUAGCUUCUGAGAGAGGCUGUUUUCCCUUGGGCAACCUGGGGGUCCAAGGAAUAAGCUAAUGGGGCAGUGGACUGAGUAGGUAGGGCACAGUCCUGGAUGGCUGUGGGGCUGGCAGAACGUGGGAGAGGAGGCUGCCUUGGCUGGAGCGUGUAUGGCAAGGAUUGGCAUGCGGAGGGAGUGUUGGACAUAUUGCUUGAAUGGCUUUCUUUGACCUCUGACCUUGCUGCCCAUUCUUUCUUAUCAUCAAUUCAUCCUCCAUGUGCCACCUGUCCUCCUGCCUGGGGAGCCCAAGGCCAGCAAGGGGAUUGGUAGAGCAGGCUGUGGCUGACCUCUGUUAACACUGAGCCUCUGAGACCCAUCAAAGCCAGAUGAGCUGAGCUCAGACUGAGGGGAAAUGGAGGCAAAUAAAGCUGAGUUUUGAGA